GAUUACAUUUAAUCCUACCAUUGCCACAUGGAAGUCAAAAUAUAAGUAAUUAAUAACUUUCUGAAUAAAAACAUGGGUAAGGCCAGCAAGAUAAGGACAAAAAAGGUGGGAAGAAACAUACCACUUGAUACACAGAUUGAAAAAGACGGAAUAACUAAGCCAACAACACGGAUUAAGUCGAGGAAAAGAAAAGACGAAGAUGAACUGUUCACAGAUGACAAACUUUCCAAGAAGAUCUUGGAGCAGGCUCGGCUGCAACAGGAAGAUCUAGAAGAAGAAUAUGGAACAUCUAGUAAAAAAAAGAAAGGCAAACCUGUUUCAACAUUGACGACCGUACUUGGACCUUCAACAUCCCAUACAGAUUCUGAUUCUGAUGGAGAUGAAUCUGAAAUAGAAGAAAAUACUUAUUAUGAAGACUUUAUUGUUGAUGAAGAUGAAGAAAGAUCUCUGCAGCUGUUUAUGAGUAAAGAUGCUUCAACGAGAAAAACUUUAGCUGACAUCAUCAAGGAAAAACUUACAGAAAAAGAAACUGAAAUUGAAACACAGUUUUCUGAUGCUGGAAGCAUUAAACUUUCUGAACUAGAUGACAGGGUGGUAGAAAUGUACAAAGGAGUCAAGCAAGUUCUUUCUCAUUAUCGUAGUGGAAAACUUCCCAAAGCUUUCAAGAUCAUCCCAGCUCUUACCAACUGGGAACAAGUGCUGUAUCUAACAGAGCCAGAGACUUGGACAGCUGCAGCUAUGUAUCAGGCAACUCGGAUAGCCACAGAAGGAAUUUAUAGAAAGAAUUGUCAGUUUUACAAUCUAGUCUUAUUGCCCCGAAUUCGAGAUGACAUUGUAGAAUAUAAGAAGUUGAACUUUCAUCUUUACCAGGCAUUGAGAAAAGCCUUGUUCAAACCUGGUGCUUUUUUUAAGGGAAUUAUUCUACCUAUAUGUGAGUCGGGAACCUGUACCCUGCGUGAAGCAGUGAUCAUCAGUAGUGUCAUUGCCAAGAAUUCUAUACCGAUGCUUCACUCAGCUGCUGCCAUUCUCAAGAUUGCAGAGAUGGACUACACUGGAGCUAGUAGCAUCUUUCUUAGAACAUUGUUAGAUAAGAAGUAUGCCCUUCCUUACAGAGUAACAGAUGCUGUUGUCUAUCACUUCCUCAGGUUUUCCACAGACAAAAGAGAGCUUCCAGUGUUAUGGCAUCAAUGCUUGUUAACCUUUGUUCAAAGAUAUAAAGAAGACAUUGCUAGUGAACAGCAAGAUGCUCUUCAUGACUUGCUACGUGUACACACCCACCCUCAGAUAACUCCCGAAAUCAGACGAGAGCUGCAGAACUCAAAGUGUUGUAAACCUGAGAUGGAAACAAGCAACAGUGGAAAACUGUGAAAGACUGGAAUAAGUAAAAAACACAAUGAAAAACUUUUCAACUACUGCGAGAAAUCACUGCAUUUCUCAGUAGUUGUUUUAGUUUGAGGUCUUGUUCGAAGUUUGAAAUACCUUGGUAAAGGAUGUCAAAUGUGUGUGCCUGUGGUAAUAAAACCACCUUUGAAAAGUCA